AUGUUCAGCCUCCAGGCCCAGCGGGAGGAGGAGCUGCAGACCCUUCAGGAGAACUACAAGUCUGUCUACCUCCACCCCGCCACCAACGUCUGUGCCCUGCUCUCGGCCGGCUCACUGCUGCAGGUCGUGGACGAGGUGUUUGCAGGCCGAGCCAGGGCCGGCGUGGGCAUCAUCCGUCCCCCGGCCACCACGCCGAGCCGGACCGCCCCCACGGCCUCUGCUUCUACAACAAUGUGGCCGUCGCCGCCAACAGGCUGGGAUGCCAAGGUGGGCGCUGCUUGGGUGCUGGUGGUGGUCUGGGAUGUGCACCCCUGCAGCGGCAUCCAGCAUGUGUUUGUGGCCGAGCCGAGGGUGCUGUACGUGUCCCUCCACUGCCACGACCACGGCCUCUUCUUCCCAUCCUCUGAGGACCCAAACUACGACGAGUGGGGACGGGACCUGGCCAAGGCUACAACAUUAACAUUACCCAGUGGCAUGGGUGACGCAGAGGCUCUCACUCAGGUGGUGCUGCCCGUGGCCUUCCAGUUCAACCCACAGCUGGUCCUGGUCACUGCCAGCCUUGAUGUUGGUGCGGGGACCCACUUGGAGGACCGCAUAGUUCUGGCACUGGAGGGCGGCUUCAACCUCACCACCAUCAGCUACUGUAUGACGCUGUGUGCCAAGGCCUUGCUGGGGGAUCUGCUGCCCCCCCUUGAGCCCCAGCUGGUGCCCAACAAGUGCCGUGCAGACCACCAAUGGCGUCAUCCGUACCCACAGCCGCUACUGGCUGGCGCUCUGCUUCAAGUUUGA